AUGGCCAUCUCUGCCCUUCCCCUCUGGCCGUUGGUCCUCUUUGGUAUUUUGGAGCCCGCAGCGCUGACAUGGGCCUACUUCGUCGUCCUGUUCCAACCUGAACAGUAUUAUGCCGACCAGGCGCCUCACUCUGCCAUAUCGAACCUCCUCUUCACCCCCAAUGCUCUCUCCUUGACUCUCCAGCUGGGCAAUGUUUUUCUUCUUCUCGCAGCAUUGGCAGUCAUCUGCUGCUUCACCAACCACCCCGAAAUCGCAAGGAGAUAUUUGAUUGCGGUGGCUCUGGCCGAUUUGGGCCACAUAUAUUCCGUAUACUGUGCCCUUGGUCACAUGGUGUUCUGGGAUCUGAACCAGUGGAACCAGAUGAUAUCCGCAAACGUCGGGGUCAGCGUGUUCUUGCACGUUAACAGGUUGAUGACUGUGGCUGGAGUGUUUGGGCGACUGGGAGCGGGCGAAAGCGCCGCCAAAAAGAACAAGUAG